CAGAUAUCUCUCCUAUCCAAUCUUUCACUUACACCAACUUCCCGAUCUUUGUCGAAAUUCACUAUCGUCGCCAAUAUCUACUUUCAACUCUAUUCAAUCCCGCCUUUUUACCCACAGCACAAUACGUGUCCAAGAUGGUGGGUCUGAAAGGACUACUCGUUGCAACCUUCUUUGUCGUUGGCAGAGUCAUUGCAGUUCCCCUCCCAGGCAGCGAAUUGAGUGUCACUGUUUCCGAUGCACGCGACAUCAACGACAUCGCCAUUGGUCUACAUAGUGUUACCGGGCCCAUUAUCAUUGAAGCAAGAAAAGAUGAGCCUAAACCUACGGCGCCCGCGAAGAAGCCCGCGAAGAAGCCCGCGAAGAAGCCCGUGAAGAAGCCUGGGAAACCUAAAGCAUGCCCACCUAAACGCCCCCGUGGCCUCGAGCGCAGAUAUAUGGAGUUGGGAAAAGAUCCCCAAAAGGUCAAUGAGCAUCAGUUCGUCAUAUCUAAGGCCUCGGCCACUGUCUGGAAUUUGAGCGGUUGCACCGCAGUUUUCUUCUGGAACUACAGCAAGACCCCCUCCGCUUUCCACAUUCUCUGCGGUUCUAACGAACAGGCCGAUGGUAAGAAAGCAGCAGACCUCGCCUUAAACGCAGACGCAGACUCGUACUUCGCCGUCGUAUCCGGCUCAAUGUCAAGCUACGAUAAUGUACUUGCGGGAAUCGAGGAAACCUUCACCAAAGAAAAGGUGACAAUCAAAAAAGAGGGUCAGCCAAUAGAAGAAGGGGACGGCAGCAUUGUUCAAUUAUACGCCAAGAAGGUAUACAGGCGAGUUGAUGGCAAGAGAAACAAAAUCACGGCUACUAGGGGAACAACAGAGCUUGUCUUCGGGGAGGACGAUACCUCGGAUUGUUCUGUGCAAGCCCAGUAGCUCUAUAUCAGCCAUUCAGAAGAGCUGAAGUAAAGGGGCGAAGAUAAAGUGCUUAUAGGCUGCUAGAUAUUGUUGUAUGCAAUCUUGAACUAAAUACUUCGAUAUUCAAUUAGUAAUAACAACG